AUGUCCAACACUACCUACAACCUGUCCAAUAUGCAGAAUGCAUUGGUCGACUCGCCUUUUAGAGAAAUAAAAAUGCUUCCAUUAAAAACAAUAGUGUCAGUUAGAGCCAGUGAAUGGCAGGAAUGUCUCGAUCUCAUUCACAAACUUUGUUCAACAAAGUGGGAUUCGAAGCGUUGUGGAUGUUCUGCUUUUCUUCACAUUAAGCAAUAUGUCAGCUCAGAUGUUGUUACUUUUUGCAUGUCAGCAGAUUAUACAAAUCAUGUUCCUGGAAACAAAUCAGACCUUAGAACUUUGCCUUUGUCUUCUAAAGCUAUCAAAAUGAUUGAGAAUCUUCUUAAAGGAGGAAGCAAUUGUAGAAAUACUAGAAUUUCUGUUCUAAACCGGAUUGAGGAAUGGGGUUUGAAGAAUCUGUUAUACAUGUUUCAUUCAGAUGAAGACAGAUCUCUAGCAAUCUGGAUGAAUGAAAGGUUGCCCUCCCAAAAUUACUGUAUCUUCACUGCCCAGCUAUUAUCCUUUAAUGCCUCUUUGUUGCCUUUUGCAUUUGGAUUUCAAUCACCCUCCCAAAUUGCACUCAUGACAAUUUCCAAGUCAGUUUGCAUUGAUGCUACUCAUGGAAUCUCUGCAAGAAGUAUGGAAGUUCUUUACUCAAUCGUCACACACCAUCCGGAAACAGGCAAAGACAUGCCAAUAACAUACAUGAUCACAAAUGAUCAUAGUGCCACCCCUAUAGAUCAAUGGCUGGUACACCUCUACACAAAUAGUGGAUUUACAUCUACAAACAUUGCCAUUGAUUGUAGCAUAGCUGAGAUCAAUGCUAUCACAGCAGUGCUGCCUCAAGCUGCAAUCCACUUUUGCAACUUUCAUGUUCUUUGUGCCUGGCAGCAAAAUCAUGACAGCAAAGUGAAGUUAGAUGCGUCAUACACAUCAGAGCAGCUUGGAAAGUACAAGCAAGAUUUAAAGAAUGAUCUGAAAGAUAUUCUUGUUGAAUCUGAUGAGGAGAUGUUCCUGGAGAAAAUUGACUACUUUACAGAACGUAUUCAGAGAACAAUGGAGUUGUUGAGAAGAUGGGAAAGACUGUACAUACAGCCCAGCCAUCUACAAUACCUGACCAACAAUUAUAUUGAACCAUGGCACAAUCAGCUCAAGACGAUAUAUAUGAAUCGUGCGUGUGUUAGAAGACUAGACCGUUUGGUUUUCAUUUUGACAGAUGAUAUUGAAUUUUUCUACAGUGAAGAAGUGGAAAGAAUUCACAUCAACAAUGGAAGAAUGGGGCCAGUUGAGAACAAGCUAUCUUGGCACUCUUAUGCAGCCUCCCAGAUUCAAGAGGAUAUACUCCCUACUAUGAUCAUCAGCCCGUCUGAUGAGAUUAGAAACAGUAUGGAUGACUCUGAUGGGAAGUGGAAGAUCAAGUCGUUCAUAUCGGAAGAUUUGUAG